GCCUGGACAGGAACAAUGAUGGUCAGAUAGAUGCGGCGGAGAUCCAGCACUCUCUGCACACCAUCGGUGUGAACAUUAGCCUGGAGGAUGCCACCAGGAUUCUGCAAAGGUCUGCGGACAAUAUGUUCAUGUCUGAUAUAACAACACAUCAGGAUCCAAAGUGUCACCCACAGAAUAAAAAAACAUGUCUUGGCUGUUAACAACGCUCAGCACUGAAAAUGAAUGAGCAUUACCCUCACAUAUUCCCACCUGUGCUGUCAGGUGGUUUAAAACAUGGAGGAAGUUUCUUGCCUUACCAUAGGCUUCAGUGACCUCAAGGGCUUGGUUUGGGAUUAACCGCUUUCAUCUUAACUGGCUAGCAUAGCAUUUCAGACACCAGUGUAUAUGAAAAGUCUAAAGGAUUAGCUCAAGGUGAGAAUCCAGAUUUCAGCAACAGCCAAGAUACCGUUAAGUCAUUUUUCUGUCUCGUAAAUUCACACAAGACAACAACUACCACUUCCUCCUAAAACUGACAGAUUUUGGGAUGAUGGCAGAACAUAGUGGUUGGCCAGAUAAUCAAAGCCUGGAUGAUACUUUCCACCUGAUAUUCCUCUUCAUUCAUGGUCCCACUUCAUCUCCUCUCAGAUAAGUUGUUUGAAAAUCAAGGCUUUCACAACUUUUCCUGCACUUAGGACUAGGAAAGUGGCUGAUUGUUGAAGUAAAUCUUUAGAGCUCAAUAAUUGUCCUUUUACUUCGAGCAGGAGCUGCAUUUUGCACUUUACUGUCUUUAACAUAGCUUCAGUUUUGCACAUUCAGUUCCUCUGUUAGAACAGACUGUGGUAAAACACAGUGUUAUACUGCCGAGGCGUUAAAGGAUUCCUCCAGGAGCAAAUAAUGGAUCCUACGUCCCCUCUGUAACUCAGUGAGUACCUGCUCUGUGAAUUUCAGAACUCACUUAUGCAUCUGUUACUCAGAAUGGACAAAGACGGCACCAUGACCAUUGACUGGAAUGAAUGGCGAGACUACUUCCUGUUUAACCCUCUCAGGAACAUGGAGGACGUGGCACGCUAUUGGAAACGGUCAAUGUAGAUGUUGGACAUAGGUGAGCAGCUGACAGUCCCAGAUGAAUUCUCUGAAGAGGAGAAGAAGUCUGGCUACGUGUGGCGGCAGCUGAUGGCAGGAGCCAUGGCUGGGUCUGUAUCUCGGACUGGGACCGCCCCCUUGGAUCGCCUCAAAGUCUUCCGACAGGUUCACGGCUCCACUGAUUUUAAAGGGAAUGUGCGGAGCAGUUUUCAGUACAUGGUGAAAGAAGGGGGACUGCAGUCGCUGUGGAGGGGCAAUGGAAUCAAUGUUCUUAAAAUCGCCCCAGAAACUGCUAUCAAGUUCACAGCUUAUGAACAGAUCAAGAAUGUGAUGCGUGGCAGUAAUAAAAGCAGGACUCUGAGAGUUCAUGAGAGGUUUGUCGCUGGCUCUUUGGCUGGAGCUACAGCUCAGACGGUCAUCUACCCAAUGGAGGUGCUGAAGACCCGUCUCACACUAAGAAAGACAGGCCAGUACUCAGGGAUAGCAGACUGUGCCAAACAGAUCAUACAGAGAGAGGGUGUCACGGCCUUCUAUAAGGGCUAUUUACCCAACAUGCUGAGUAUUGUCCCUUAUGCUGGCAUCGACCUGGCUGUCUAUGAGACUCUGAAGUUUGCCUGGCUGAACAGGAACAGAGGUUUGGCCGACCCAGGGGUCACGGUGCUGGUCGGCUGCGGUGCCAUUUCCAGCACCUGCGGACAGCUAGCAAGCUACCCGCUGGCCCUGAUCCGCACCCGAAUGCAGGCACAAGCUUCAGUGAAGGGAGCCCCGAAACCCUCCAUGGUGGCCUUGGUCCACAACAUCUUGACCCAGGAGGGUGUGGCUGGACUCUAUCGAGGAAUUUCCCCCAACCUGCUGAAAGUCAUCCCGGCUGUCAGCGUGUCCUACGUCGUCUACGAAUACACAAGGAUAGUCCUGGGAGUGGACAUUGAGGGUAGGAGGAGUGGGAAAGGCGUAGAAAAAGGUUAAAUGGUCUGGGGUGGCUUUCAGCUGCAAGCACGCACAGAUCUGUUGGCAUGAGGAUUUGAGCCUUGGACUGUGGAUGUGUGAUUAAAAGUCAGAGUUUUCAGGGUGAGGACGAUAGGAUGGAAAAUGAACAAUGGAAGGAAAGAAGAAAAAAACUUCAUAAUUAUUUAUAAUCUGUUGCUCACAUUUGGACCUCACCUGAACUGGCAGCUGCUGUGAUGAGUUUCACGUGUGAUAUAUUGCAUUGCAAUGCAUGCCAGCGGUUGUGUGAAAGCUAAUCAACUAGCCUCCUGCUACUGCACUGACUUGACAGAUGAAGACUUGCAUGAACUUGCCUGAGAACGAACAGAACCAAACUUGAAAGCUAUGUUACAUUCCUACAGUAUUAUCUUUUCUCCUAGGUGGUAUAUAGAGAAGAUAAAGGAUUUAUAGGAGGACUGAUCCAAUUUCCUGUUCUGUAAGUGAGGGGAACCUGAAGUUGCUGCACGCUGGUGGGGUUACAGAGUCAGGACUUUGAUUGACUUGUCUUAAAGCAAUGUUACAAAUACUGAAGUACAGAAAGAAAUGAUAAAAUGACAACAGAAUAUUACUGAACCUAACUAUUUAAUGACAGCUGAAAUGACUGAUGGUGAAAAAAGGAAAAGGCGCUCUCACGUCUUUUUUUUCCUGGAAGGGUUACUACUGGGUAGAGCUUAAGAAGGACUUCAUAUUUUACAGGAGUGAAACUACCAAAGCCAUAUCAAGAGACAUAAAGGACUCAUGAUACCCUCUAAUAAGAAAUGCAGACGUUCCUAUGCAGAGACGUGUGUUUGUGUCUGUUUUCUUAUGUUUGAAACACUCUACUGGGUCCAGUGCCACACAGUAUUGUCAUAAAAUGUAUGCAAACAAUGUCCAGGUUUAACACUAUAGUUAAUAGUUAACUUCUAUCAUGAAACAAUAAGAGGUGAGAUUUAAUGCCAAUGAGCAGUUUUGAUGUGUCAGUAUUUAUGAUGGAGUGUGCAAAUAAAAGUAUGCCAGGUGCCGCCUUUGUUAAACAAAUGCCAUUGAGUUUCUUUCUGAAAAGUGAAAUGUUGUAAACAAGUAGCUUUCCUCACCAGUUUGUCUUUAUAGGAGUAUUAGCUCCGCUCAGCCCUGUUGCCAUGCAACUGUAGCUAAGGAUGUCACAUUGUUACUGUUACAGUGCUACUAAUUGUAAAAUAGAUUAAAUA